UGCUGCCGCCGCUCGCUAGCUGGCAGCGGACGGACGCCGGGGCCACCGCGCCGUCCCCGCUCCUGCAGCCUCCGCCUCGGCGGGGAGGGGCCCGGCUGUCUGGGGACUGGAGGGGGGGCUCCUCUGGUCACGAGGGCCAGAGCCGGCUGUUACCUGCGGGUGGGGCGGGGGAGACCAGCGAGGGGGAGGGGAGGCGCCCGCAGCAGCUCGGACAGCAUCUGCUACAGUCACUGCAGCCCCGGCUGCCACAGCCGCCGCCGCCGCCGCGGAGCCCGGAGCCAGAGCGAGCCCCAGAGAGCGCGAGCACCCGCCAGGAUGUCGGUGGCUCCUCCCAGUUAUUGCUUUGUGGCUUUCCCCCCGCGGGCCAAGGAUGGGCUGGUGGUGUUCGGGAAGAACUCAGCACGGCCCAGAGAUGAAGUCCAGGAGGUUGUCUAUAUUGCAGCCGCUGACCAUGAACCUGAAAGCAAAGUGGAGUGCACCUACAUUUCAAUCGACCAGGUCCCGAGGACGCACGCCAUUGUGAUCAGCAGGCCCGCCUGGCUUUGGGGUGCAGAGAUGGGAGCCAACGAGCACGGGGUCUGCAUCGCCAAUGAAGCCAUCAGUACCAGAGAGCCGGCCCCCGAGAAUGAAGCCUUGCUGGGGAUGGAUCUGGUGAGGUUGGGUCUAGAAAGAGGGACCACCGCCAAGGAAGCCUUUGAGGUCAUUGUCUCUUUGCUGGAAGAGCACGGGCAAGGUGGAAAUUACUAUGAGGACGGGAACUUGUGUCACACUUUCCAAAGCGCGUAUCUGAUUGUGGAUCGAGAGGAAGCCUGGGUGCUGGAGACCAUAGGGAAGCACUGGGCAGCUGAAAAAAUCACAGAGGGAGUGAAGUGCAUUUGUAAUCAGCUUUCCAUCACAUCCAAGAUCGACGCGGAGCACCCUGAGCUCAGGAGUUAUGCUGAAGGUCAAGGCUGGUGGACUGCAGACCAAGAGUUCAAUUUCUCAGAAGUGUUUUCUCAAGCAGACGACCAUUUAGGCUGUUGUUCGGGCAAAGACAGCCUAGAAAAGCAAGAGGAGAGCAUCACUGUGCAAACCAUGAUGAACAUUUUGCGAGAUAAAGCCAGUGGGGUCUGCGUAGACUCUGACUCUUUCCUCACUACCGCCAGCAUCGUGUCUGUCCUGCCCCAGGAAGGGAGCUCACCAUGCAUCCACUACUUCACUGGGACCCCGGACCCCUCCAGGUCCAUAUUCAAGCCUUUCAUCUUUGUGGACGAUGUCAAGCUCGUCCCUAAAGUCCAGUCCCCCUGCUUUGGGGAAGACGACCCUGCCAAAAAGGAGCCCCGCUUUCUGGAGAAACCCGACCGCCGGCAUGAGCUCUAUAAGGCCCACGAGUGGGCGAGGGCUGUCAUUGAAAGUGACCAGGAUCAAGGUCACAAGCUCAUGGAGACCAUGCUAGACUUGGAGAAGCAAGGGCUGGAGGCCAUGGAGAGCAUCCUGAGCAGCACAGACCCCAUGGACCCCACCGAAGUGGCCGACCUUUUCUAUGACUGUGUUGACACAGAGAUUAAGUUCUUUAAGUGAAGUAAGCCCAUCCUCUCUCUCCUCUCAUUUAGAAACUCCCUACUUGGCCAAACUCCAAGCAAAACCAACCCCUCUCCUGAGUAAAAUAGAAAAUGAAUAUCUCAGCCCCCUUUUCUAAACAACCAGUCUAAUUUUAACUCACACUCUGUGCUUUUGGUCUCAGAAAGAAACUCCCUUGGCCCUCCUAAGAUUUAGUCAGUUUUCAUUUUCUCAUGAGCCUGAUCUUUGGCUUUAUGUGACUAAUUGUGGAUUUUAAGCUGCUGUUACCUUAUUUCAGUGAUGAUGGGCACCCUUAGCCUUUUCCCAAGAAGUCUAGCGCUUGUCGAGCCUUGAAGGAUAGUCCUCACAUUGCUGAAUUUUCAGGAAAGCAAAACCUUUAAAGAAAGUCUCUCUCCCUUGUUGGUAGCUGUUUCAAGUUUAACAAACUGGCUUUUCUUGGGCCAGUCACGUGCUGUUUUGGGUAGAGUUCAGGGAGAAUGUGGCCAUGGUAUUCCAGAGUGGGUGUGCUGGCUGCUACCCCGUGGAAUGCUUUUCUGGCCCACCAGAACAAAUGGCCACGAGGAGAACCUUGCUGCUCAUGUUCUGGUGACUGGAGCCACACAUGGUUUUUUCUAGUUAGCGUGCCCCCAGGAAAGCUCUUAAAGGGCAAGAGGCACCCACACCAUUGUCUCGGAGGGAAUUGUGCUGACUCGGUGCAUGGAUUGCCCCUGAAACAGCCCCUCCAGCACAGAUCUCGGCAGGCCGGCCGCUUCUCCCCCUGUCUGGUGUCCUGUAUAUAGAUGAUUCGGAAGCAGGCCGCUGCCGGCUAGCUUGAGGUUAGUAUAAUUAAAUGGCCCCCUGGAAGGAUUCCAAACACGCAGAGGCUGGGAAUCUGCCAGCAUACAAGGCAGAGAGGGAGAAACCAGAAGCCAGUGGCCGUGGGGGCUCAAGGGGCAUCUUUGGCAGCCGAUGUUCUCACAAGCCCAGGUUCCCUUGUUUCUGAGGAAACUCAGAGGAGCUCCCGGUGUAUGCAUUAUCUCAGCAGCCACUUAGGGUAAUUAAGUUAAUUCAUUCUGCACGUGUAUAAUUAAGUCAAAGAAAGCAAUUUGCCAACAGUGUCUGGAAACCGGCUUAGGGGAGACCGGACAGAGUACCCGGAGGGUCAGAGAGGUUCAGGAUUUCUCUGCCAUGCAGCUGGGGGACUGUCUCCCCAGUAGCUGACACUCAUUUACAGAUCACUUUAAGACUUCCCAAGCGUUUCCCCUGCAGCCCGUUCUACUUUCUGCUGCUAGCUGUCCAUUGUUCCCUUCUCCGUGGCUCUCCUUCCUCACUGUUCCCCUACUUCCUGGCUGCCAGGUCUCCAAAGCUUACAGGGGGAGAGCUCUUAGACUAGGGGGUCUCCUCUCCCCUCCUCUGCUGGCCUGGGAGGAGGCAGCAGCCUCCUGUUCUCCAAAGCCCUCAAUUAUUAUUAAAACAGUCAUGAUUUUAGGGGGAUGAAUACUGAAACGGAUAAAUACAGCAACAGGGGCAACUUAGAGCACCUGGCCCGUGGCCGUUGGGACCGGAUUACUGGUCAUCCUCUGUAGGAGUAGGACUGCACAAAUGGGACAACUUUUAAGUUACCAACCCUUAGUAAUGUUGUAGCUCCAGCCUGCUUCCUUCCGGAGACAUGCUCCUUGCUUUAAACCUGUUAGAGUCCUGUGGUGGUUGAAGAGCAUGGCGAUUUUUUUCAGAUCUCAUGAUGUUAAUCCCAAGGGAACGAAUGCCUGAGAGUUGUUGAGGUGAAAGAAAGAAAGCAAGCAAGCUGUGGAGCUUCCCUCAGAGCCGGGAAAGGCAGGGCCACAAAAACACACAGAUAAAUUUGUCUCCGUUUUCAGACUGCGGGCUACCACACGUCCAAUUUUCUCUCUGGAGAGUGAAGAGAACUGUUUCGUUUCCAUGACAGGAACAGCUUUCUUAGGCCUCCCAUAUGCUGGUGGCAGUGCAGGGUAGCAACGGCAGAGCUGCAUUUCAGGGGUGACUAUUAAAUCUAGUUGUAGACUAUGGAGUCUUAGACUCCAUGGACUCUUUUGGCAGUUUGGGGAAACCUGAACCCCUUCACAAAAUCUUAUUUUUAAAUGUGUAAAAUGAAAUCUGGAGAAUUAAAAGGAAGCUAGUUGUACUGAAAUAAAAUUAUAAUAUUUUUUAAAAAUAGUUCAUGGACCACUUGAGAUCUCCCCAUAGGUCCCGGUUAAGGACUCCCUGUAGUAGGAAGAUGAUGAUGUAAAUAAACCAAGAGAAUCUAGAAAGAAAUUCUACAAAGUUAUGAUGGGGACCAUUAAGAACUCGGAGAUCUGCUCCGUAUCAACCAAGUUGAUUCAAAUGUUGAGAAAAUACACUGGAUUCUCUUGAUUCCUACUGUCUUAAGUCCUUGCUGGUAUAAUUCUGAAGGUGAACCUUGUUCUAGCUUGAUGCUUGGACCCCACAGAGAGGCUACUGAGACACAACAUUGACCAACUUGGGCAGAUCAAAAGAAUAGUGGAGCAGAUGCUGGAAAGUCAUUUGGACCAACCCUCUCUAUGUUGUUCCUAGCCCACGAUCAGCUGAUUUAAUAACUCAGAGCAAAGAUCUUUUUGCUUGUUUGUUUUUAAAUAAGGCAGGUUACAAAGAAAUAUGGGCCUUACACUGCCUACAAUCUACAGGUGGGCUCCUGAUUACUUUGCUUCCCCAGGCACAAUGGGAAAGUGGCCACUGAAAAGCAAUUAAUUAUAUUGGAGUGGGCUAAGUCACUGAUGUUUUUGCCACUUUCUGUCAAUAGUUUUGCACUUUUAUUUAACUAUUUUUACAAUUCUGUGCCUGAUCCGAUUGGACCUUUGCCUUCUGAGGCUGAAAAGAGAACAUCAGAACGAUCCCCAAACUAACAAAAACUCACUGGGGGCUUUGGAUCUCUUGGGAAAUGCUUGAGGAAGCUCAUAAACCCAACAAGGUUUUGCUUUUCCAGGCUGGUCAUUGAGAGAAAAGUGAUAUUGUAGACAAAAAGUUUUUUUUUUUAAUAAAGCCCAAAGUUUGGAAUGUUGACAAAUUUACCAUAAUUAUGGCAUCCACCUUUGGGGUCAGGAGACGUGACCAGUGUGGGCAGAAAGGCCAUUCAGAAGCAUCGUUCUCUGUGGUCCAUGGCAAUGUGAAUCUGAUGGUUGUUUAGUUGGGACCCAGCUGGUCACCAGUCACAGAGGAGGACGGGCCAACUGUUUUAAGAGGAAAGAGCCUGAUUUUUGUAAACUGAUGCCGGAGAGGUUUAGAGAGGUAAAGGUUAUAACUUAUUCCAUGAUCCACAUGAGAUCAUCACCGUGCAGAAGUUCUUACCUCAGACCAUGCAGACAUUAGUCUACUUAGUUCCCAGUAAGGCAGUUCUUGGCUGUUGAGUGAAGACAUGAAAGUAUCCGAACAUCCGUCUGCCAGGAAGUGGGGAGAGGGUCCCUCUUGGGUCAGGAAGACCUGUCCAAGUGCUGCCUCUCCGGUCUGCAGUUGUCCCCCAGAUCCACCCUCCCAGAGGCCAGGCGGCUUCCUUAAUUAGGUUACUCUUAGCCAAUGCUGAUCAUUUCAUGCAGCUUCAAGAUCCCCUUAACCGUUCCUGAUUCUGUGUCGAUGUGCAUUUCUCUGCCCGAACCCGAACGAGUAUGAAUCUUCAUUUGCUAAUUUCUUGUGAAAACUCACCCCCUGUUUGCAACCAUUUGUGAUAAACUGAAGCGUCUUCACUGGAAAAAUACAAUAAAAGAGGAAACCUUCUCUAUCCUGUUACGGGAGCUGACAAUGUAGUGAUGAUGGUCCUCUUUUUUAAUGAAUGCCUUUGAAUGGGAAGAUGUUCUCUUCCAGCUCUUCCCCAUGACCUUGUCUUUAAAUGCAUCGUGCAUCAGAUUAAAACUGUACUGAACCACCCCAAA